AUGAAGUUCUCUACCGUCGCUGCUACUGCCUUGGCUGCUUCUUCCUCCGCCUUGGCUGCUCAAACUGUCAUCACCGCUACCAACGAUGGUGUCGUUUACACCAAGACCAUUGAUUUGGCCGAGACAGAUGCCACUUUGGCCCCAGGUGAAUACUUGACCUCCAUUGUUGUUACCAGAGGUGACACUGUCUACACCAAGGUUAUCACUGAAUCUUCUGCUGCUGCCACUGAAGAAACCACCGCUGCUGCUGAAGAAACCACUGCUGCUGCUGAAACCACUUCUGCCGCUGCUGAAACCACCACUGCUGCCCCAGCUGAAGAAACCUCUUCCGCUCAAGAAUCUGAAACCAUCACCUUGACUUUGUCUAAGAACGGUCACUGGUUCACCAAGACUGUCACCCAAGCAGUCGGUUACGUCUGGACCGGUGAAGACACCGCUAACUGGACUGGUACCCCAUCUUGGUUGUCUAACAUAACCACCUCUACUUCCGCUGCUGAAACCACUGAAGCUGCUUCUUCCACUGCUGAAGUUGCCACUUACACUGGUGCUGCUGCUCUAGCUUCCGUCGGUACCGGUUUGUUGGGUGUCGCUGUCGCUGGUUUGUUGAUCUAA